GAGCAAGUCAUUUGUUGACAAGCCCCAGUAACUUCUAAUAGAAGCAGUCAGUUCAAGCAGGUUGAGUACGUGAUACUUGGGACGAAUGACAGCACUGAUUUCUUACUCACUUCUAAGGUCCUGUGCUCACAGUCUGAGAUCUGUGGAUGGACUCAAACACAGCAAGACUUGGAAAUUAUGUGGCACAAAUUUGCUCCAGCAUUUUCGGUCACUCCAUGUGGACAGUGCUCCUCAAACCCCCGCUCUGACCAGCAGCUAUGUCCAUGGCACCUCCUCCAACUCUCUGCUCUCCUUGACUGUAAGCCAGAGCCUGGAAUCCACAGUCCAGCGUUGGCCCAAUCGUGAAGCUGUGAUCUUCUUGAAGGAGGGCAUCCGGAAAACCUUUGCAGAAUUUCAGCAAGAUGUUGAUAAGGUGGCUGCAGGUCUGCUUGCUCUGGGCCUGAAGCAGGGCGAUCGGCUAGGAGUUUGGGGACCUAACACCUAUGAAUGGAUCCUUUUCCAGUUUGCUUCAGCCAAGGCUGGAAUUAUACUGGUGUCUUUGAACCCAGCUUAUCAGGUGAGGGAAGUGGACUUUACACUAAAGAAGGUCCAGUGCAAUGCUGUGGUCUGCCCUACCCGCUUUAAAACGCAAAAUUACUGUGAGAUGCUCAGGGAGAUCUGCCCAGAAAUUGACACGACGCCAGCAGGCAUGAUCAAAAGCUCCAGACUGCCGGACUUGCGUAUGGUGAUUGUGACAGACAGCAGACAGCUGGGGAUGCUCCACAUAGACGAUGUGAUUCAAGCAGGGGAGAGUCGACACCACAAAGAGCUGAUGGAUCUGCAGAACAAGCUGUCCUUUGACGAACCCAUUAAUAUCCAAUUCACAUCGGGGACUACCGGGAAUCCAAAGGGAGCCACUCUUUCCCACCACAAUAUUGUGAAUAACGCCUACUUUGCAGGUCUCCGAAUGGGUUAUGACUGGAAACCUCAGGUGAGAAUAUGCGUGUCUGUACCCAUGUACCACUGCUUUGGCUCAGUGCUGGCAGGGCUGAGUAUGGCGGUACAUGGUGUCACACUGGUAUUCCCUUCCCCUGGCUACAAUAGCCAAGCAAACCUAGAGGCCAUUCAGAGGGAAAAGUGCAAUGUCGUCUAUGGCACUCCUACAAUGUUUACUGACAUGCUUGGCCAGGAUUUGAGCAAGUACGAUUUGUCAUCAGUUGAAGCUGGUCUCAUGGGAGGUUCUCCGUGCCCUCCUGAGAUUUUGAGAAAACUGAGAACAGACAUGAACAUGAAAGGCAUAACUGUAGUUUAUGGAACCACUGAAAACAGCCCACUUACGUUUAUGGGAUUCCCACAAGACACCGAGGAGUUGAAGCUACAUACUGUCGGAUGUAUCAUGCACCACACUGAAGCUAAAGUGGUGGACCCUGCUACUGGAAAGAUUGUCCCUCUGGGGACUCCAGGAGAACUGAUGAUCAGAGGCAACUGUGUGAUGCUUGGAUACUGGGACGAUCCGGAGAAAACCAGUGAGGUUAUCUCUCAAGACCGCUGGUACAGGACUGGUGACACGGCCAGCCUGAACGGUCUGGGAUACUGCCGCAUUGAAGGACGCAUGAAAGACAUGAUCAUCCGAGGAGGGGAGAACAUCUACCCUACUGAGAUAGAGCAAUUUCUCUACACUCAUCCCAAAGUGCAGGAGGUGCAGGUGGUUGGAGUGAAAGAUGAGCGGCUGGGUGAGCAGGUGUGUGCCUGCAUCAGGCUGAAAGAGGGCCAGACUUCUAGUCCAGAAGAGAUAAGAGCAUUUUGUAACGGCCAGAUUUCUCACUUCAAGAUCCCACACUAUGUGUUCUUUGUAGACAGCUACCCUAUGACAGUGACUAGAAAGAUCAAGAAGAACGUGUUAAAGGAGAUAAUGGAAAAGAAGUUAGGCCUUUAAGUUUGUGGACCCUGAUGGACUUUAUGUGCACCCACUGGGAAAGCAGUGGGAAUUCAUGCUUUCUUUGCUGAGAGCUGAACUGGGACUAUAGAACUCCUGGCUGGACUGUCAUUAAUUGAACUUCUUCUACUUUUACUUCAGAUGGGUGAUGUAACUGACAGUUUUGGAAAGUGUAAAGCGGACUUUGUGCUCUCUUUAAUUACAGUAUAUGACCAAAACUACGUAACAAACAACA